AGGGCCAGAGUGUACAGUGAAAAGUUUUCACUGAUAGAUUUCUAUUUUAUAUUAUUACUCUUAUAAUUACGUCUUGACCAAAUACUUCCGUAUUUAGUAAGUCAGAGAUAAAAGCUGUAGUCGGGUUUACUCUAUUAAUUGUUGUAAUAUUGAAAGUCACCUGGGACACACAUUUAUCAAAGAAAAAGAUGAUGUUGAUACAUUAAGAGAAGGCACAGGAGCCAGGAUAGAAUCUUGUCAGUAUGUUCACUAGACUAUCCAAGAAUAAAGAUACUGUGUUAAGAGAAGCUAAUCUAGAGGAAAUGUAUAAUGAAUGUGCCAAUAGUUACAGGCCAAAUCAAAAGAAGAAACAACCAGCUUUACUAGAUUCUGCUUGUGAAGCUAACUUUAUUCAUACAGAUUUGGUUCCAGAUUUAAAAGUUGAAAAAUGUAAACUAGUUGCUAUAUAUGCUGCAAAUAAUAUAUUUAUGGCUACGGUUAUUAACUUUGUCCAAACCAAAUGGUUUGAUACGGAUACUGAUGUUAAAUUUUAUGUGGCUGAUAUUUCAGAUUGUUCAAUUGUAUUAGGUGCUGGAUUUUGGUAUUCACCAAUUACUGUGGGAGAUAAAUGGGAAACAAAACCAGAUUAA